ACUAAGAGUGCUGCACCACCGCUGCUUAGCGGAAAACAGACGUUUCGAACACGAACUGGCACACCGGUGCACAUGGACUUACUCCGCAGGCAGGGGUUUAUCAAUAUAUACACUUCUGCGUGGAUGGAUUUCACCGAUCAGCAUCAUAAUAUCAGAUAUAAUUUAAAUUUGCUAUUGCUCCUCCGGAGGUGAGCCAGGUUGCAGUGACAUGGUAAUAUUUUUUGAAUGGUACUGGAAAGCCGUGGACCAGAAGAGCAGCAGUGGUUUGCCAAUGACUGGCGAAGACACUGGUUUGGGGGCUUUGGCCUCACCACUGGUGGGGUAUUUGGGAAAAGUUCAGGAAAGAGCUGCUUCACUAGAUUAUUGUCCCUGGUGUACUUCCAAGGGCUUGACCUAUGCUCUGCGCUCUUACCGCAUCAAUCUCCAGGAGUCAGUCACACUCUGCACUAACCCACAGUGCCUUUUCCCUCUGGUCAGCCGGUCCUUGGAGGAUGUUUUGGCUAGCUUGGAUCCUGUGCAGCCCACUACCGGGAACAAAAGAAAGAAUGCCUUGGCACUGGAAAAGGAAGAGUUGAUUAGCCCCGUACACAAACGCCCGCGAUCGAGUGACAGUCUUGAGCCACAGAGCAUUACGGACGCACUUAUCAGCCCAGCAGAGCAUGGUGCUGUACACGUUGUCAGUAAUGGCCAUCAUGCAGCAUCCAAGACAGAAGAGGGUAAGGUGAAUGGAUACAGGGAUUCUCCAUUUACAGAGACAGCAGGAAGGGAGUCACUACAAUAUGAGGAUGAUGUUCUGAUCAAGGAACCAGAGAAUGCAGCUUGUGCAGAUGGUCUUUCGAUCUCUCCUCACCGUGGAGCUCCUGGUGCCUCAGAGGCAGAGGAUGACUUUAGGCAAGUGAAGAGUCCUCAUGAAGUGCUGAACAGAUGCUGCAGUCAGGACUCCAAUCAGUCCUUUUUCACAAGAGAGGACAUUUAUUCAACUGGAAUCAAUACUUCAUUGCCUUUGCACAAUGAGCAGAAGGCAAGGACAGAACAGAAAUCACCGACCGCAUGUAAAGACAUAGAAGGCUUUAAGUCAGAAAUGGAGAGUUUGUCCUCUGCCGUGCUGACGAAGUCAGAGGAGCUUGUAUCAGCUCCAAAUCGGCCUUUCUGGAUGAACAGCGACAACCUGUGUUGGCUGGACUCACUGCUUGUCGCUUUGGUAAACUGUAAGACCUUGAGAAAGCGUAAACCUAAAGAUGAGCCUCAGCAGGCAUCGGUCUGGCAGCUGAUGAGAGGAUACGAAGACGUUUGUGCUUCCAUCCAAGUCCAUCAACAGACUGGCAGGGAUGGCACUGUGUGGGUGCCAAAACACGUGAUGCAAAAGGCCAAUGCAGACCUACAGUGUCUCAGGAUGGCAGUCUUCAAACUACUGCAGCCCAAGCUGCAUUGCACACUGGGUAAGAGGGAAACUCCCGUGUUUGCUAUGCCGCUUCUGCUAGAGAUGGACUCGUGGGUGGAGCCUCUCUUCCAAUCAGCCUUUCACUGGGAGUUCAAGUGCAGUAAAUGCAAAACCACCACGAAAGAAAGGGUUAUGAAAACUCUCCCCACCUUCACAAAUGUUUUGCCUGAUUGGAGCCCACUUGAUGCAGUCCACUUGGCCCCGUGCAACGUGUGCUGCCAGAAAAAUCAGAGGAGGACUCUGAUGCUGGAGAGCGUGCCUCCAGUGUUUGCGCUGCACUUUGUAGAGGGACUUCCUGACAACGAUGUCAGAACAUACAGCUUCACCUUCAAGGAGAAAAGCUACUCCGUCACCACUGUCAUACAGUACAGCCAUCAACUUAAGCACUUUGUCACCUGGAUUUGUAAUCCUGAUGGAUCAUGGCUGGAAUAUGACGACUUGAAACAACCGGAGUGUAAGAACCAUCAAAAGCUCCCGGUCCCUGCUCAGGAGAUGCACGUUGUUUUCUGGGAGUUCAAGGAGGAUAAAGAGCCUCGAGUCUGCUCUCCCUCCAGCACAUUUGCUGAAUCUCCCCCGUCGAAAAAAGAGAUGAACCCCAGUCAAGGUGUCACAGACUUAACAGCAGAGGAACUGUUGGCUUGCACUCCCGAUCAGUCUCUUCUGGUGUCUCACAACGACACCGACAUCGUCUGUGCACUCUCUGUACCUGAAGGCGUCGGCAACAUCAUGGACACCACAGUUGUGGCCGACGUUGAUACAUCGAUCGGUUCCACGACGCUGCUCGACACCUUCGAGGGCCUUUCCCAUAAUGACAUCAUUACACUCACACUGGUGGAGUUAAACGUUGAUUCAGAGAUGCAGCCUUUAAAUGACGAGGAAGAAACUGAGGAUUUGAGUGUUCCCGCCAGGACUGAAACUCUUGACUCCACACCGGAUAGCUCCUCCGCUGCGAUCGACAGUGAAAUGUCCCACGGCCCUGGCGUUGAGCUUACCGCCUCUACUUCAUCUGAUUCGGCGGAUGGCUUGUCUAGUGAUCCUACAUUUGUGCCUGAAGCUAGGAGAGGACGAGGUAGAGGACGAGGUCGAGGUCGAGGUCGGGGCAAAACAGGAAGCAGGCAAAUGGUUAAAAAGGUAGCCGCGCCAAAAGCAGCACCGCUUAUUUCACCAGCUGCAUCUUUAGAACCCCUCAAAGUAAUCAGUAGCAAACCUGAGACUCCUGCUGCUGCUGCUGCUACUGCUGCUGCUACUACUGCUCAGGAUGAGACACCACCUGCACAACAAUUGUCCCCUGUGUCCUCUUCAGAUACCUCACUCCUGUCCACUGGUCAGAAAAGUCCACCAAUGGCACCUCAGAACGCCCGCUGGUCCUUCCUGCUCAGCAAACACCCGCUCAACCAAGUUCACAGGACGAUUACUAAAUCUGCCCCCAUCCACACACCCACCUCAGUCUCACGAGUAAAGCCCUCUCCUCUCACUCAGUCUACGCCCAACCCUGUGAGAAGACAGCAGACCCCCGUCUUCUUUCCCAAACCACCACUUAGGACAGAAGAAAGCGAGGGUCUCCCGCUGAAAGCUGCGGAGAUGUACGGUGGAUUCGGCGAAAAGAGCUCAAACACCCGAAGUCCGCUCCCAUCUACUCCCGUUCUCAACGGCAAAUCCAAGCUGGUUCAAUCCAUAACUUCUAACCACCAGAAACCCAUGAAGAACACUACAGUGCUGUCCGGUACGUCGCCUCUUUCGCCCGGAGCAAAGCGGCUUCCUGAAAUAUCCCACUCGAAGAAACAAAGCGGCCAGUCCACGAAGCUUCCUCCGGGUCUAAGCGACACAGAAGCCCUCCGGUACAAGCUGAUAAAGAAACUGAAGUCAAAGAAAAAGAAGCUGGCUAAGCUGAACGAAAUGCUUGCUCAAGGGGGCGCCGGCCUCCGACCCGACAGCACCUCCAGCACCUACGAAGGCUCCAUCUGCGACGACUUCCUCUCAGACCUGCUCUCACCAGCAACGACCGCAAGCAACCUCUCACCGGACAGCACCGGCUUCCUCGAGAUGCUCGCCAACGGGCAAGAUGGAGCCGACCAGGCGGUGGACUGUGGGGUCAAUGCUGUCGGUGCAGCUUCCCAGGAGAACGCACCCAACAAUGACAACUUCCUGGAGGAGUUUCUCUCGCAGGCUGUGGAUCAGAGACCGACUGACAUGGAGACCGAGGCUCUCAGUGCUCUUGAGCUUUUCGUUUGAGCUAUGGGGGGGUGGGUGUCUGGUCUGCGAGCUCCGAGCACAGAUAACAUCAACCAUUACUUGGUGUCUGGGGGAAAAUGUAGCUAA